AUGGAGGGAGUGUUCUUCAAAAAACAUACUUGGCCUAGGGAUUCUAGUUGUUCUUCUAGUUGUUGUAGUUGUCGUCGUAGUAGUGGUGGUGGUGGUGGUCGUAGUAGUGGUGGUGGUGGUGGUGGUGGUCGUAGUAGUGGUGGUGGUGGUGGUGGUCGUAGUAGUAGUGGUGGUCGUGGAAGUACUCGUUUUUGGUUCAGUUGUGAAGAAUUUGACCACAUAUCCCGAAAUUAUACAGAAGUAGUGCCUUCACAUGACCAUGUAAGACAACGAUCACAUCAUCCAUCAUCUAAUAAAACUCAAGACAAAGAUUCCUUAUCAAAUCCGAAGAUUCAGAUUCUUAAAGGAGAUUUGACAAAACAAAAAGUUGAUGUGAUUGUUGUAUGUUCAUCAUCUGAAGUACUCAUAGAAUAUGUACUACAAACAGCUGGUUUUGAGUUUCGAAAAGAAUAUGAAAAGAAAAAGUCAUCGGCGGGUCAAUUUCAAAGUUUUCUUCUUGAAUGUCCAAAGUUACUAUGUCAACAAGUCCUUUUUUUAACAUGGAUACGUGAUCAAAACCCUAUACUCGUAGAACAAACGUUAAGAGGGUUUAUUGCAGAAGCAAUAGAACAUGUACGCAGUAGGGGUUAUACAAGUGUAGCAUUUCCAGCAAUUGGUUGUGGACGUGCUGAUUCAUGUAUUACAUUUAUUGCUCAAACAAUGAUAGAUCAUGUAAAAAUCGAAAAGUAUCCAUUAAAUAUUACGUUCGUUAUUCAUUCAGAGUCACAGGAGAUUUACAAUGCUUUUAAAAGCGCUUAUGGUAAGAAGAAAACAGUUAAAUAUAUAUUAUAG